AUGAAGCCUGCUAAGAUGGGAUUUCUCCUGGGGUUCUCCCUGUUCUGCUUACUCAGUCCUCCGGUACUGAGCGGUGUUGAAAAGCUUUCUCGAAGUCUCUGUAAAGAAUACAUCGAUCCUUGUAUUUUGGACGUGGAUUCUGGCAGCUGCUACGAAAUACAUUUUAGAUUUUUCUACAACAAAACUGCCAAAGCCUGUCAGACUUUUCUCUACAGUGGCUGCAAUGGUAAUCUUAAUAACUUCAAGCUUAAAAUAGAAUGUGAGGUAUCUUGCAAUGAAAUAUACAAAAAAGCACAACAGAGUAGCAAGAGUAAGCGUUCUUUAAGAGAGUUGGCAACGAAGAACCUGGCUAUGGAUUUGAGACUGACCACUCUACAGCCUGGUAGACUGAAGCAGACAGAAAGAAAAGAGACCUUGCUACGGAGAACAUGGAGAGAGUCCAGAAGGCAUCCCCUGGCCAGGCAUCGCACCUAG